GGUCAUCCACCUCCCAAAGACCGCUGAAGACCUGGCGGCGGUAACUUGUGGGUUUGCAGGGCUGGCAAGACACAGAGCCUUUUUAAAGGCUGCUGGAGCGAUCGACGGCUGCCAUGUCAGGAUCAAGACACCAAGCGGCCCCGAUGGUCACUGCUACCUGAACAGGAAACUGAAUCAUCCUGCAGGCAGUUUGUGACCAUCAGGGCUGCUUUGUGGACGUGUACAUGGGCUGGCCGGGGUCUGUGCACGACUCCAGAGUACUCCGGCACAGCCCACUGUACAGACAAGUUGUUUAUCCUCCUCCAGGGUACUUCAUCCUUGCAGACGGCCGGUACCCGUGCCUCCAGCAUCCACUCCCCCUCAUCACUCCCUACAAGCGGCCGGUGCAAGGUGUGGGACCCCAGCGCUUUAAUGCCCAUCAUUCCAGGGCACGCUCUAUAAUUGAGCGUGCCUUUGGAAUUAUGAAGACCAGGUUCCGGGCCAUCUUCCUUAAAGUGCUGGAGGUGCACCACACCUUUGUGCCUCAGGUCAUAACAGCAUGUGCCGUCCUGCACAACAUUUGCCUGGGGGUGGGUGACAUCAUUGCCCCCAGAGGAUGAGCUGCAGGACGCCAUGCCGGAGGAUGAGGAGGAGGAGAACGGGCUGGAGGCCGUCAGUGGUGCUCCGUGGCGGGACCAGCUGUCUGCCCUGGAGGA